AUGGCUGAUUUUCCGCUGCUGGCUCCGGUACCCUCCCCCGCAGUGCGGAGGACGAUCCCUUCCGAUGACUGGGAGGCCUGUCUGGAUGCAUGGAUGACACUUUUGGGAAUUCGGCUGAAUGCUUCUGAUAAGCAAUUUCAAGAUACGGCGACUGAGGAUUCCUCGACGGCUUCGUUUCUUGGAUCUUUCUAUCAAUAUGCCGCCGCGGGGGACUCGGGUCUCCAGGCAGGGCCUAAAGCGCGAAAGCUACGCAAACUCUGUUUUCUGACUGCUCGAAGGUACUUGCUAGGUCUAUCUGAUCCACCAGAAGGAAUUUUGGACUGGAGAUUCCUAGGUGAUUUGUGUUGUUGUUAUCCAUCAAGCUCGGUACUGAAGAGCUCAUUAUCAACAGCUUGGGAUCUGCACCAUGAGAAGAUUACUUCUAGCAUAGAGAGGGCGAAGUCCCUUGUGAUCAAGCAUCUCUCUCUGAGCAGUGCAAAGCAAAGCCCUGACCUCAUUUCGGACAUCCGCCGCUUGACCAUCCUGGCAUCAGUGCUGCCAGCAUGCGGCCAGGUGCUCAUGGCAGGCUCGGAUUUCUUGGACACCGUCUCAGACGCCUACCAGGCACAAAGGACCCGAGAAGAAUUUUGUAGGAUUCUGGUUGCCAACAUAUAUGUCGGGCUUAUAUCAUUGUUGAAAGAGCCUUCGGUCAACUUGUCUUUAUUGCUGGACCAAUUGUUCAGCUUGAAGGCGGCCGCGGGAGUCGGCACGCCCCAGAUGAAGAAGCACCCGACGCUUCUUUCAGACCUCGUCUGCAGCUCAGACUUGCUUUUGCGGCUAGAGAAACAUCUCAGUGGUCGCCCACAGAAGCGCGGGCAGGAUCUCCUAGCCAGCCUGCGCGCGUACCAGAUGGAAUCAAAACCGCUACACCAUCGGUAUCAAAGACGAAGUAAAGUGGACAAGGGCAAAGGCCCGUCUUCGGGUGUUCUUGUUCCGGAUGAGCUCCAUGCGCACAAGAUGUCGCUCGUGACGCAAGUCCAAGACCUCUUCCCUGACCUAGGUUCCGCCUUCGUGAUACGGCUCCUGGAUUUCUACCACGACGACCCUGAAGCCAUUGUCGCCCACCUUCUGGACGAUUCACUGCCUCCGGAACUGCAAAGCCUAGAUCGAUCAGAGCAGCUGCCGGCACAAGCAGAGCCCAGUCACAGCCGUCUGUCACCGCGACCAACACCACCCGCCAUCCCCUCACCAUCCUCAGAACCGAUCCCAGCACGCAAAAACAUAUUCGACAAAGAUGUCGACAUCGCCGAGCUGAGCCGCUCAGGUGACGCACAAACGCAGGGCAAGCUGCGAUUCGGCCGAGGUAAUGCCGACCUGACAGCCGACGCGGUCCUGGCCGACCGGAGCAACCACGCUUCCAAGAAAGCAGCAAUCCUGUCGGCGCUGGCCACGUUCGACUCGGACGAUGACGAGCGCGACGACACAUACGACAUGGCAGAUGUGGGCGGCACCGUGGACAGCGCCACAGCCGGCGCAGACGCCGACGCCGACGCCGAUCUGCACAACCGGCGCACCGACCAUCUCGACAUGGCCCUGUUCCGCGCCUACAAGUCCAAUCCAGCCAGUUUCGGCCGCGACGCCACCACCCGCCGCUCGCAGCCGCGCGCCGCUCUCAAACGUGAAACCGAGAUGACCGACGAGGCCAUCGAGGGCUGGGCUGUCAUGUUGGCCCGCGACCCCAAGCGGCUCGCGAAACUUGAGGACCGGCUUGCCCUGGAUGCCGGUGGCUCAGGUGCUGGGGCGCUGAACCAGCCGGAUUUGGCUCCCACUUCUUAUCGGAAACCGCGUCCCUCUGCGGAGGACGCGGACUCUGCAGACGAGGGCGACUCUUCCUCGCAUGCCGCUCCGCGUGGAGGUCGAGGCCGCGGCGGUGGUAUGGGACAGGGUGGUCGAGGGCGUGGCGGACGAGGAGGUGGUGGGCGAGGAGGUGGCCGUCCGCCACAGUCUGGCGAUUCAGGACAGCAGAGCAGUGCGGCUGCGCGCCAGAGAAAGGAAGAGAACAAGUCGAGUCGGGCGAAUCAUAAUCGCCGGCAACAGCGAGCUAAGAAGAUCGCGCGGGGAGGAGGAUUGCCCGUCUGA